CCGUUAUCUACGAAGAAUUCGCAAGGGGAUCUGACACCGGACUUCUACGCACCUCGUAGCUUCGAGUGCGCGGUGACCGGCAGCCGUCCACACGCCAACGUCACGUGGCUCCUGGAUGGUCGCCCAUUGGACGAGCACCUCAGCACCACUCGCACUGACGGCAACGUAACGACAAGCGUGCUUCUUCCUGCCGCCUCUAAAACACGCGGGAAAGCUGCUCGAGUGUCGUGCUACCAACGAUCGUCUGCGGCGUGGCCGUGCCAUUUUAAGUCGCUACUUGGCCGUUAAUCUAUCCGAUAAACCGGAAGUUAACCUCAAGCUAGGAGCCGGGCUCAACGCCAGCCAUAUUACUGAGGGCACCGACGUCUACAUGGAGUGUGCAGUCCUGGCAGCGUCUAAAGUCAGCGACGUCACCUGGCGCCACCAGGGGCGUGACCUGGCACCCGCUCCGGCUGAAGGCACGCUGAUAACGUCGCGAUACCUCGUCAUCCAGCGCGUCACCCCGAGUCACGCUGGAAGCUACACGUGUAGGAUCUCCAAAACAGGGGACGACUACGUCGAAAGCGCACCGUUCCAUCUUCGUGUUCAAUACUCGCCGAGAUGUGAUCCAGACGCAGAGCAGACGAUACAAGUGGAAAGAAACGCGACCAUCAACGUUACCUGCAACGUUCGGGCUAACCCUCGUGAUGGCCUGCGCUAUUUUUGGCUCAUCGAAAACGCCAGCAAAGUUCCGGAGCGCGUGAAGCACGAUCUACAGACAGUGGACAAAAAACACGUUCCGAAUCCGCAAGUGACGAAAUCAAAUCACCUGGAAAUCAUCGCCAACGCUUCGCUAUUCAACGCUGCCCUCGCAUGCUGGUCCGAGAACUCCGUAGGAAUACAGAGAAGGCGAUGCCGCUUCAAGUUCGUGCCUCUAGGCGAAGCCUCGUCGUCCGGCAUCAUGUGCGUCGUGGGUAAUUACACGGAUACGUCAUUUUCGCUGGUCUGCUCUACGCCUGUUAAAGAGAACGAGACGACGUCAGGACAGUACCGGCGAGUUUUGGUGGAGGUGUUUGACUCCGAGAGGAGGAACCACUCCGAACGGAGCUUCUGGAGCGCCGAUUGGAGCGCUCCAAUGUUCGUCACUGGACUGCGGCCUUCUACGGAUUACUUGGUCGUGGUUCGAAUGACUCCUGAAGCCAGCUACCGGACUUACGUCCGCACGCUUAGUCCGGCCCAGACGCUGAAGGAACGUGAAGACGCGAAGAGGACUGCACAGCACGACCAAUGGAGUCCAACACUGCGAUUCGUGCUGAUCACCUGCGCACUGGUGUCAUUGUCGGUGGCAUUCUUCGCCAUCUGUAUCGUGCACGCCUACAAGAAACGCUGGAAGAAGUCACGACGAGCGACAUGCCAAGACAGUGUCAACAUCAGGCCAGGCAGCAGGGAUUCAAUGUACAUUCGUGACCAGACGUCGCACGUCGCUACAGCUGAACAUUGUUGACAAUAAUGACGGGGAACUUGGCAAAUCAGGGUUCAGAUGCACAAUGUAUAGCUCAAAAUCCAGAAAUGUCUAAUAUAAAAUACGGUUCCCUUCGAGAGCAGAAAAGUGUGUGGCCGAUUGCUUUGAUUUUGGCUCACGAGGUUUAUUGUUCCAAAGAAACAGAGGCCCUGUAAUAUCACGCGCAUAGGUCGGCAAAAUAAACAGAACUCAACCAUACUCACUCACAAAAUAUAUAUAGGUUCAAUCUGGCUCAGAAUCGCCGAAAUCACUCAACUGGUCUCACUCGGAGUCAGACUCGCCAGAAAUCCGACACACGAAGCCUACUCGGACUCAAACUGACCAAAAGCAGACUUGGAUGAUUAGUUCAGACAUAAACUCACUAUACAUUUAACUCAUCAGGCUCACUCGGACUCGAACUCUCCUAAAUCAGACCUAGCGAGACUCGCUGUUGCUCCAGAGAAACUUGAGUUUGGCCUCAUGAACAGCCUAUAUUUAUGUUCACUGCAGGAGGAAGGCCUCUCCCUGCGAUCUCUAAUCACUCCUGUCCUUUGCAAGCUGAUUCCAACUUGCACCUGCAAAUUUCCUAACUUCAUCACCCCACCUAGUUUUCUGCUGUCCUCGACUGCGCUUCUCUUCUCUUGGUAUCCAUUCUGUAAUCCUAAUGGCCCACCGGUUAUCCAUCCUACGCAUUACAUGGCCUGCCCAGUUCCAUUUCUUCCGCUUAAUGUCAACCAGAAUGUCGUCUAUCCUCGUUUGCUCUCUGAUCCACACCGCUCUCCUCCUGUCUCUUAACAUUAGGCCUAACAAGUUUCGUUCCAUCGCUCUUUGUGCGGUCCUUAACUUGGUCUCGAGCUUCUUUCCUAACCUCCAAGUUUCUGCCCCAUAUGUUAGCACCGGUAGAAUGCAAUGAGUUUGGCCUAGUUGGUGUUUACUGCAUGUCAUGUUGUGCCAUGUUGACCGCUGAUAAAAGACGAGGACAGGGAAAGAAAAGCACGAAAUGACGACACGGGAGGUGUUUGCUCGCUCACUUACCAAAAGCAGACUUACCCGGGCGCGCUCACACUCGGACUCACAGGUCGGUGAGAGUCUGAGUGAAUCUGAGUGAGUCGACUCAUGAGUUAGUUCGCCGUAUGUGAUAGGGUCCACGCAUAUUGCAAGUGGCAUUUUAAGGUAAUUGCUGGCAGGGAAGCAGAAGAGAAAAUAUUGCUUUCAUCAGCCUGAAGCGAACAGCAGACACAGGCAUUUAUGGCAUGUCUGCGAUCCGCAGGCUUUAACACUACACAGAACGACAUUGAACUACAGUGUCAAGGUGUCUGCAAAAGCACCAGUAAGCUCCCGCCGCUUUCGCCACCUGCGUAUGUACGAACAGAUUAAUAAAGAUGUGAAGGGC